AUGGGUUUCUUAGAAAGAUCGCGGUCCCUACGCCGUAAAGAGACACCAUUCAUGCGCCAGAAACAGAACGAGACGUUACAGCAAUCGAAAGACGUCGAGGUGGAGAAGGAUGUGCAGCGCGACAUCAGAAGUGCCCACAGCAACAAAAACUCAACAUGGAAAGAAUCACGGGCAUCGGGAUCAUCACGACCUCCAACUUCUAGCAGAGCUCAUACACAGGAGGCGUACCCAGAGAUGCCACCGCCAACCUCAACACGAAACUUUCCAGAUCCCAGCAGCUUCAAGUUACCCAGUGGACCAUCAAGAAGAAUGUCGAUGACUCCAUCGCCACGAACGACUACGAAUAAAUUGACUCUUCAUGCUAAUCAUUCCACACCCGGUGUUGCGUAUGAAAGUCCGCGGAGUUUCAAGCGGUCCAUGACUACUCCGAUCAGCCCACUCCCUAUGGCAGCCAAGAAGGAGGACAAAACAGCCGAAGCAGUCUCUCAAGCUAAGAACGAGAUAGCAUCUCCUGCUCCUCGUAAGGAACCUCACUUGCGUAAAUCAAAAUCUGGAACAUGGAGAUCUUUCUUCUCCAGAAAGCAAUCCAAACCACCACUUCCAGACUUCAACCCCGCGGAUAUCGCACCACCUCCGGCACUUCCCAAAGUGCUCUCGAAGAAGUCGGCGACUUCGUCAAAAGACGCUCUACCAACACCUCCUGUCAAAGACGGCAAGAAGCUUGACCGAAACUCGAUUUCUGUAGACAAGACACGGGGUAUGCAGAGCCAAACCAGUACUCGAGCACAAUUCACCAAGAGCAUGGGCGAUCCGUCAGCACUACCCCAAUUGAAAAUGGCGAAUCUAUCGGUACUGGAACCAUCGUCACGAUCAUAUGCACGAAGCCCUAGUGCAGAGUCAGCAAUUUCACAGUACUUUGACGCCGCAUCGUACAAUAGCGGCUCCUCUUUACCUGUGACCCCUCUUGAGGCGCCGACUCAGCGAAGACUCAACGUCAACAUACCUGCUGUUGAGAUGGAACGCUACAGCGUCAUGUUCGAGAAACUUCUCAAACCGCAGACAUCACUCAUGGAAAGGCGGCAGACGAUGGUCAAGCAAUUGGACCUUCCAGAUCAACCAUCAGGAAGACUUGCUCCCGAAUCUCCUGCCUUGCAACGUCGCGCGACAUCUCCUAAUCUCAGCUGUCGCACACCAGUCACUGCUGAAAUGAUUGGAGGCGAGUCCCAGGUCGCCACGCCAGUGCCAAUCUACCGUACCGCGGACGCACCGCGCCUUUUGCGAUCGCAGACCGCACCAUCAGGAGCACCGAUGGCCUCACGCCACGGCUAUGAACAGCAAAACCAGGCUCUCAGCACUACCAACAAUUCUUCUGCAUGCUCUACCAGUUCACGAAUGUGGAGUGAUGCAUCCCAACCACAAACGCCAACUUCCGAUACGGAAUCCUUUAUCAGUUUUGAUGUUAAUGAUGAUGAAGAUGACAGUGGUGAUGAAGAUGACCACGAUGAUACUACAAUUUAUAUCCACGAUGCCGUGGCAAUGCAGGCAACUCCUUUGUUCAAGGACCCUCACUGGAGAAACGACACACCUGUCAUGUCUGCUCCACCAAUCCCACCAAAGGCACUGGGUCGUCGAAGCCCACCUGCUUACGAGCCAGAGCAAAAGGAAACCAUGAUUGCUCGACCUCAUCCUCCACGUACCAGCUCCCUUGAUGACAAUGCUGCGAAACGCAAGACUGUCAUCGGUCCUCAGAUCGGCAUUGCGAGAAAGAUUUCUGUGGUGCGCAGGGGCACUCCCGGUGGCCUGACUGUACCCUCUCCUGCAAAGGCGAGGUCCCCGGCUGCUCUCGACCCAACUGCGCCAAUGCCAGUAUUCAGCAAGCAACCAUUGCGUCCUAAGCUUGUGGAUGUACGAAACCGCAAGAGUACUCUGGUCGUACUUGACGAAGCCUAG